AUGGAGGGGCUCCGAGCGUUUCACAACGUGGUGAAGGAGACCCUGCUGUCUGAAGCUCUCUCGAGAUGCAGGAACGGCAGGGACUUGAAGGUGUUGGACCUCGCGUGCGGGUGCUUGGGGGACGUGCAUAAGUACGACCGCACCGGUAGGAUCCGCAGGGUCGUUGGGCUCGACGUUGACGGGAAGGCGCUCGAAGAGGCGGAGAGGCGCAGCAGACCGUAUGCUGGGAGGAUGGACGUCAGCUUACUACCUCCUAUCGACUGUAGGGACCUCGAUCUCGCGUCCGAAGCGCUGGGCGGCGAGAGAUUCGACCUGCUGGUCUGCAAUUUCGCCGUGCAGUACUUCACAACCGGGCCCAAGGAGACGGCCCGCUUCGCGUGCUUCAUCAAAGGACACCUGGACGGUCCUCGUUCGAUAUUCAUCGGUUGUGCGAUGAACGGAGACAAGGUGGACCUCAUAUCGGACGCCAGCGGGACGUUCGCCAACGACAUCAUCGGCGUACAAAGGGAGGGAGAGACGUUCGCGGUCGCGAUGAACGAGAGGACCAGAUACUAUGCGAAGCAGGGGGCGAGCAUAUCGGAACCGAUAUUCCGUCCGGAGAGUCUCAUCACGGGGGCUCUCGAGUCGGGGCUUCGACUGCUGGAUUGGAGGUCUUUUGCGGAAUACGACGUGGCACAGCGUGCACUGGCUGAAAUCCAUGGCGAUGGUCUUGAGGCCGCUGCUCGUCGCUAUGAUAUUCACGUCGUUGAGGAGUUCCUUCAGCACCUCGAAGAGGCUCUUGAGGGAAGAGCCCUGAACGGACUUGAGGACGAGCACAAAGCGCCUGCCAUCUUGGGCCUGGGAGUGAAGGUCAGGCCGGGGGAGGGCGACGUGAAAGAGCUGGUGGUCAUUGGAGCAAACAUCUCGUCGAUCGGAGCCUUCUUCUCGGUCGAGGGUCCCCCCCGCGUACUUCCCCCAUGCCUCUUCUUCAGCCACUGGAAGGCCGCGCUCCCUCCGCUCAUCAAAAGGCAAAGAGGAGAAGGGCCGUCUGUGGUCGCCCCGAUCCAAGGUGGUCUGGUCGAGGCACACGCACAGGCUACGGCCAACUAUGAGAGCCAGAUCGAAAAGUUGCAGGCACGUAUCGACGGGUACGAGCGGAUCCAGAAUCAGACCGAUAACGAACUCAGGAGGGAACGGGCAUCUCGGGAGAUUGUAAACAGCCAACUGACGGAGUCGAAGAGGCACAUAAAGGAUCUAGAGAAGGACAUCGAGAGAAUAAGACGGGAGGGACGCAAGACCGAGGAUAAGCUGCAAAAUGAACUCGACUACGAGAAGCGGUCUCGUAAAGUCCAGAUGGACAAACUGGAGAAAGAGAGAUCCGCCGAGAUGAAAAAGUCGUUGGCUGAACAAGCAGAGAAGCAUAGGAAAAGGGAGGAAGAAUUACGAAAACUCCGAGAAGAAGAGAAGAAGAGAUACGAAGCCAAGGUCGACGAGCUCCGAAAAGAGAGAGACGAAGCAUUGGCUCGACAGAAGGAGUUGUCGGAGGCAGCAGAGGCGAAGCGAGCUAUCGAGAUCGAAGAUCUGGAGGGGAGAAGAAGAAGAGCCGAAGAAGAGGUCAAGAAACUGAAGGAAGAGCUGCAGAAGAAGGAGCACGAGAGAGAGGAGGCGAUCGCGGGAUGGAGUCACGUCAGAAAGGGACUGACGCUGGCGAAUCAGCAGCUGAACAGAGAGAACGCAGACCUGCAGACGGCGAGAGAGGAGGCCAUCGCGUUGAUGGACAGGCUGAGAACCGUAUACAAAAAUCUGCCGCGGAGAGCUUUCGAUCUGCCGAGGCGCGUCGAGACGCAAGAGGAGUUGACGGACGUGCUGGAGUCGCUCAUCAAAGACCUCAACUCGGAUCGUUCGAGGCAGUCGAACCAGCUGGAUGACAUCUUCCGACGGGUCACGAGGGCCGUGUCGAACUUUCGAGGGUUCUGCGAGAGAGCUGAGAACCGAGUCAAUAUAGCCGACUCGAACGAUAUCCAGACGAUGAUCGGCAAUCUCGAAAAUAGCCUCACGCACGCGCAGAAUAUGCACGAAGGAGCACGAGAAACCAUCCUCGGCCUCGAGAGGACGGCCGAGACCAGGAAGAGAGACCUAGAGAGGGCCUUGCGGGACUUGGACGACUUGCUGUCGGGCACCGUCCGAGCCGACGCGUCCGAACAGGUGAAGACCAUCAAGGAUCGACUCGACGCAGCUCGAGAGGAAGCUCGGGCAUUCGGGAAGGCAGCGGCGCGAGCAGAGGAAUUGAGGAGGGCGAAGGCAGCCGAAGCCGAGCGGACCGGCGCCCAGCUGGCGAGUUUGACGAAAGAGGUUCGGAGGUUGAACGCCGUAGUGGCCCACGGUAACGAGAGAGAAGAAUCGAUGAGGGAAAAAAUCAGGGAUUUCGAGAAGCUAUGCAGGGACGUGCUGGUCUCUCAGGAACACAGGGAGCAGCUCCUAAACCAUGCAGAUCCGAAGCUCAGAGAGGUGGGAUCCAUCGUGAAGACGCUCCUCGACAGCAAGGAAACGCUCGAAAGAGCCCUCCAAGAGAGCAGAGAACGCGAAAGUGCCAGGAUGGAACUAGACGACGAGAUCGAGGAGCUGAAGACGAGCAAACGAGCUUUGGAACGGCAGAACGCAGAGCUUAUGGCCAAGGCGAGUGAUCUGCGGGACGAAGUCCAGAGGUCCAACGCCGAGCACGAACAUGAGAAAUCGAGGAUAACUGCAGAUUACCAAGCGAGAGAAGCAGCAUGGCAGCGUUCGGCCCAAAACGUAUCGCGAGAUCGGGAGACGUGGAUGCAAGGAGCCAAGAGCGAGUUCGAGCAGAUAUAUGCGGAGAGGGUAAGAGAGCUGGAUGGGUUCAGAGCACAGGCAGCAGCGGAGGUGGACGCUCAUCGAGCCGACAGAGUCGCUCUGGAAGGGCGAGUACGGAUCGCAGAGCAAAAGGCGAUAGAGGACGAGCAGAAUGCGGAGCAGAGGAUAGCAGAGAUCGGCGCGCAAGUGCGGCAGAUAGACAAGAAUUACACGAGAGCCUCGGAGGAAAAACAGAGGGAGCUCGAGGAACUCAACGUUUAA